GAAACAGGAGUGCAGCGUGAACAUGGGGAAGCAAAAGAAAACAAGAAGAUAUGCGACCAUGAAGCGAAUGCUUAGUCUCAGAGAUGAGAGACUCCCCCAACAUCCUUCCUGCUUAUUCUUCCAGUACAAUACACAGCUGGGCCCACCGUACCACAUCCUUGUUGAUACCAACUUCAUCAACUUUUCCAUCAAAGCCAAACUAGACUUAGUGCAGUCCAUGAUGGACUGUCUGUACGCCAAGUGUAUCCCUUGUAUAACUGAUUGUGUGAUGGCUGAAAUUGAGAAAUUGGGCCAGAAGUACCGAGUGGCAUUGAGAAUCGCCAAGGAUCCACGAUUUGACCGACUUCCGUGCACACACAAAGGAACCUAUGCUGAUGACUGCUUGGUACAGAGAGUCACUCAGCACAAGUGUUACAUUGUGGCUACAGUUGAUCGGGACCUCAAACGAAGAAUCCGGAAGAUCCCUGGAGUUCCUAUCAUGUAUAUUUCUAACCACAGAUACAACAUUGAACGGAUGCCAGAUGAUUAUGGAGCUCCUCGGUUCUAAUUCUUACCUGACCACAUUCGCCUGCCUUUCUUUACCAGCUUUCUCUGUUGUCAGUUAAUUAAACACACUUUUUGUUGUUUCUUUAAUCAUAUUUUGUCUCAAUUUUAAAAAU